CCCACACGGAAAAUUGCCUUGUGGGAUGGGCUCGAGAAGCCAGGUUGCUUAGCUGACGCUGUUUGCAGUGUUUGGAUCGAAGAUAUCCCUCAGAGCACAAGAGAUUCAUUUAAACAAGGUAUGGCUUAUCCAGGCUAUGGUGCUCCACCACCAGGUGGAUAUGGCGGGGUAAGUGAGGAGGGAGUUGAUUGUCCCUUUGGAAUUCUGAAAAAUUUUCAAUGAUGAGCGAACAGUGAGAAAAAGCCGUUUACAGACGCCAUUGUCAAUCAUUCUGGAAUCACACACAAUUAUUCGAACUGGGAAUUAAGCUAAUCGUUGGAGCAUUUUUGGUGCUUGAAAUCACCGUUCAAGAAAGCUUUAUUUUAUGACAUGUUUAUGCAGAAGUUUUUUCGCUAGUGACCUGUGUGUUCAUUAGUAUGAAGUUGUCGAAAACGUAAGCUUACCUACGGAGUAACUACGAGGAAUCGAAACUACAAUUUAACUUUAAUAGGAAAGUGCAGGUUUAAGUUAAGAUCUUGGAGCGGUUUCUAUUGAACCCCAUAGCAUUUUUAAACGAGGCCUCGGCCUCGAAGGUAAUCCGUUGCUUUUGUCAUUGUUUUCUCUAUCAACGAACUAUGUACACAAUGAAGUUUGUGGCUAUACGGAAAUUGUGCCUCAAAAAUUAUGGCAUAUCUUAAAAUUAUGUAUUUGUGUUUUCAAAUCAUGAAAUUUUUAAACUAUACCACAAUUAUCAAAUGUAAUUCGUUAUUAAAACCCUUUUGCGAGCGAUUACAGGACAGUGCAUGUAUUAUGCUUGUAAUCAGAUAAUGUAACAAUUAGACAGCUUUCACACCAUACCCUUCUAAUGAGAAAAUACAUGUCAUUCCCACAAGCUGACAUAAAUUUUUUACAUUCAUACACAUUAGACAUGAAAAGGUAAGAAAGAAAUGUUCAACUUUCAUGACAGCAUGGGUGCAAAGUGUAAUUUUUUCCACAAUGAGGGGUUCAUCUUUUAACAGAUGUCACAAAAAUUUUAGUACAGGCCCAAGUGAUAAUUAUCUCAAGACAAUGAGACUCAGCCAAAAAUGCAAGAAAUUAUUUAGAGAACUCUACAUUUUGUAAGUGUCUUGUAUAUAUUUUCCCCAAAAAUAUACACAGAUAGUUUUGAAAGGACUCAAGGGCAGUUUAAAAGUCACUCUGACUGGCAGACAAUACAAACAUAUACAUACUUUAUUCAUCCCAAAAAGGUUUUUAGCAUGAAGGUACAUUUUGCAAUUAGAAUAUACAUACAUACAAACAAAAUGUAAAAUUUAAUGUCAAAUAAGGAAUUAAAUGCUCUCUAAAAAAGAUGAAAUCAAUUGUUACUUUACGCAGCAUUGGAAGUAUUUCAAAGUGGGUUUUGAAUUGAGUGGAAGGUCUAAAGAAUACCAGAGUUUGACAGCUCUAAAAUAAAAUGUUUUUUUCCUGUGGGGGUUCUGUACAGGGAGAUCUAAGAAUCUAGGCAUUCCUUAUUUGUUUGAUUGAGUAUCAUCAGCUCCUAGGAUGUAUUUAGAGGACAAGGCACACUCCCAGUCAUACAUACACAUUUAAAGGCCAUUAUAGCAUGCCAAUGGUAUAAUUAAAUGCUGUCUAAAAAAGAUGAAAUCAAUUGGUUCUUUAUUCAGGGUUUGGACUCUUUCAAAGUGGGUUUUGGCAUGAGUGGAAGGUCUAAAGAAUACCAGAGUUUGACAGCUCUAAAAUAAAAUGUUCUUUUUCUGGUGAGGUUUCUGUGCAGGGAGAUCUAAGGCAUCUGGGCAUUCCUUAUUUGUUCGGGAAGUGUUGUCAGCUCUUUGGAUGUAUUAAUUUCUAGAGAACAGGGACUCUGGCACAUGCCCAGUUACACAUGUACAUGUACAGUUAAAGGCCAUUAUAGCAUGUAAGUGUUGUAAUCAAAUCCUUUCUAAAAAGGAUGAGAUCGACUGGUUCUUUAUGCAGCGUUUGAACUCUUUCAAAGUGGGUUUUGACUUGAGUGGAAGGUCUGAAGAAUUCCAUAAUUUGACAGGUCUAAUAUUAAAUGUUCCUCUUUCCUGUGGGGUUUCUCUACAGGGAGGUCCAAAGCAUCUGGGCAUUCCUUAUUUGUUCAAUAACUGUCAUUAGCUCUUUGGAUGUGUUUAGAGAACAGGGACUUAGGGACAUGCUCAGUCAUACAUGUACAUGAAGGGUAUUAUAGCAUAUCAAUGGUAUAAUUAAAUGUUGUCUAAAAAGGAUGAAAUCAAUUGUUUUUUUAUGCAGCAUUUGAAGUCUUUCAAAGAGGGUUUUGGUUUGAGUGGAAGGUCUAAAGAAUACCAGAGUGUGACAGUUCUGAAAUAAAAUGUCCCUUUUUCCUGUGGGAUUUCUGUACAGGGAGAUCUAAAGCAUCUGGACAUUCCUUAGGGUGCAAGACCUGUCAUCAGCUCUUUGGAUGUAUUUAGAGAACAAGGACUCUGGCACACAUUCAGUCAUACAUAUAAAUUUAAAGGCUGUUAUAGCAUGUCAGUGGUAUACAUGUAAUUGCUGCCCUGCUGGUUAGCAACCUUAGAUCUUUAGAGAUUGGGGAAACAUGAUUAUAUUUUCUUAUUUUAUCAAUUGUGAAUAAAAGUAACAGAAGGUGAUUAUUGCUCAAAAUCUUGAAUUCUUCUCUUUCCUUUUUGCAGGGUUACCCAGGCUUUCCAGGAGGCUAUCCAGGUGCAAUGCAGCAGCAAGAUCCUUUGUUUGGAUAUUUUUCAGCCGUCGCUGGGGCAGUAAGUACCCAAAUUGACAAAUUUAAAGUUAAAGGUUUGACUCUUAGAGCUCAAUAACAUGUAGCCUCUGCAAUAUCAUUUCAAUAUCCAAUAAUGAAGGUGAUAUGAAAAGACAAACCUACUAGCAUUACUCACUCAUGGCACCUGUGUUUGAUAGAGCACGUCCCUCUUUUAUACUCCUUUAACCCCUAAGAUUGACCAGCAUCUAAUUUCUCCUUACAGUAUCACCCCUGAAUCACACAUUAAGGUCCUGAGAAGAAAGGAAAUGAUCACCAACUAAAAAAGUGCUUGAUUGUUAAACAAAUUCUCCUUGUCAGCAUGUUAGGAAAUUUAUAGAGAAUAUUAUGGAGAAUAUGCAUACUGAGGUUUUAGGUGUACAGGGUUGAAGAAAUUUGGAAAAAUACUAAAUAAAAACAAUUUAAAUGCUUCUCUUUCUUUAAAUUUUGAUUUGAUUUUAUUCUGUCUUUCUGAAGGAUCAGCAGAUUGAUGCAAAAGAACUACAAAGUAGUCUAACAAGUUCAGGAAUGUCUGGAAGUUAUCACCGUAGGUAUUUCUCCAUGAAUUAAGUUUCAGUUCUGCAAUGCAAGAAGAGUACUUGGGAGCAUUUACAUUAAUUUUUCACAUUCAUUAAACCCUAUUCACACUUUGGUAUAAAACAGUCAAGCAGGGAAGAAUAUUGAUGUACUAUUUAUCUCUGUUCUCCAUCCUUGCUCAGAUGACUUGUAAAAAAGGGUAAUUACUUUGGUAUCAUGAUAAAACCAUUAUAAAAAAGUAAAGAAAAAAAGGCAAAGCAAAAAGCAAGUCAAGCAGGUGACAUGUGUACACACUCCAAUUCAAUUUUUAGAUUAUCAAUAUUACUUUCAAUCGCUGACCUGCAAAUAGGAAUAGCUUGUCCAAUAUAAUAAUUUAGAUUAAGAUCACUAUGAAUUAAAUUAUCUUAGCUAAUUGCAAAAACUAAAUUGGAUUUAGUGUUGGAACAUACUUACGGUUGCAUUUUAUGUCCUUACCUUGAUACAUGCAUUACCUAUCCUCACAAUUUUUACUACACUGUCCAGUCAUUGGUUGACAAAUGAACCAGAUGUUUAGAAGUCUAUUAUAAGCUCAUUUUAGUUCCCUUUCAUUUCCAGCUUUCAGUUUGGAAACUUGCAGGUAAGUACAGUGUACAUGAAUAUUAAACUUCUCAAGUUUUGCAGUUGAACUUCUUGUAUUACAGUUGAUCCUGUAUUAAGCAGCACUGUAUUAAAUGGUCACCCUAUAUUAAGCAGUUGGUCAUCAAAGUCCUGAAAUUUCUUUCCUCUAAAGUACCAUAAUUUAUACCUCUAUUAAGCGGUCAUGGUCAUCCUCGACUAAGUCACAACAACCUGUUUGUUUUGUCUUCCACCUGUAUUGAAUGAUCACUCAACCCUUUAACUCCCAAGAUCUGAUUGUUAACUCUCCCCUUCAGCUUUCACUCAAUUCCUGGAAAAUAAGUUAGACGAAUUUGGUAUUUGAUCAAGAUAACAACUUCUACCUGAUAAGUUUGGGUAUUCUCAUUUGCCCUUUUGCUGGAUAAUGUAUGGAUAUUGGGAGAAGGUUCAUGUUAAUCACUUCUGGGAUUUAAAGGGUUAAAGCAGAACUGCUCAAACAUGAUUUAAAAUAAUUCUCAAGUAACAUUUAUUCCAAGUUUAUCUCCUGGCAUCAGUGUUCUGCAAUGCUCUCAAUGCAUUGCAGAUUAUCUUUCUUCUUUGGUCAGUUAGGACAAAAAAUACCCACAAACAUCAUGCAAGUCAUUUGCAGGUCAACCUGUAAAAGCAGUCAACUUGUAUUAACCCUUCACUCCCAAGAUCUCAUGAGUAAUUCUCCUCACUGCCUGCCAUAUACCCUUCUCGUGAUGUUAGUUCAGGGAAUUUAGUCUUAGAUCAAUCAACAAUCUCCUAACUGGUAUUUUCCUUUAUCCUUGUCACUAGUCUGCUAAAUAUUGUAUUGAUACUGUAAGGAGAAAUUCCAUCUUGAUCACUCAUGAGAGUGAAAGGGUUAAGUGGUAGUGUUAGUGGAGUCACAAAAAGAACAUACAAAACUUGGUGUAAAUUUGUGUGUAUCAUUGUACUUUUGGAUUCCUUUAACAAGCCCAUGCUAUAACUUGCUUUCAAGCAGUUUAAUCUAUGCACUAAUAAACUUAUGAAGCGUUCAUACUUAAUAAGUGAUACACUUUGAUUUUUUUAUUCUUUAGGAUUAUGAUCACCAUGUUGGAUGUAUCCUUAAAUGUUGUGAUGAUUAAAAUACUCUACAACUCAUGUAGCAAAUUCACCUUUAACCAACUUUGUACCAACAUUGUUAUAUUCUAAAUGUUUGAGGCUGCAAUUAGGCCUCAGGCAAGUUGUAAUAAUUUUAGAAUUUCUGAAGAUAUUUAUGGAGAGAGACAGCAGUAUAAUUGUUGGCUCGCUUGACUGUGAGUCAGAGAGUCAUAGUGUGUUGUUGAAAUUUAUUUUGUUCCCCUUCUUUAAGCCCGUAUGGCUACCUUUAUUGCUGUUGCAUUCAUUCAUUUUUGCACCAAUUAUUCCAACCUACCAGGAUGUGAAAUUAAUUUUUUUUUUCUGAUAGCCACUUGGUUCCUAAAUUCUUCAAAGUGGUAGCCAAUUCAAAAAAAGUUGGUCACCAUUUUCAAAGACAAAUGAAACCUUUUUUUAGCUGUCAGCGUUUCAGAUAGACCCUCCAAAAUUAAGUUCAGAGAAAGAUCUUUAAUGUGCUACAAAUUGAAUUCAAGGAUGGAUGAUAUACAACGUCCAAGCUCACCUAAAUUCAAGAUGGCGUCUAGUCAUUGAUUUAGAUGCAUGUGCUGCGUAUUGGAAACAAACUUAACGAGGAGGUUUGCAGCAGCUUUAUCUUUAUAAGGUUAUGAUGAAGCAUUCUAGUCACUAAUUUGGCAACUAAUUUUCGGGAUUUGGUCACCUAAGUGAAAAAUUUAGUCACAUUGGUACCUGUAUUAGGCGCAAUUUUACGCCCUGCCUACAGUUUGGUUAUGAAAUAAAAAUUUUCUUUGAUAUACCUUAACUCCUCUGCAGCGUGACUAUAGUGGUAAAAUGGGUUUCAGUGAAUUUAAGGAAUUAUGCGGUGUGUUGCAUCAGUGGAAGGUAUGUUAGAGGAGUUCAAUCUUAACUGUGAGCAUACAUGUAGUCUUAUUUUUUUAACCCCUUAACUCCCAAGAUCUGGUUGUCAAUUCUCCCCACUAGCUGCUACACAUUUCCUUGUAAAUUGGUUACAAGAAUUUGUGAGUAAAAUCAAAAUAGCAACUGAUAAGUUUGAGUAUUCUCCAAACCUGUUUGCUGGUUAAUGUAUGGAUAUGAUAGGGAGAAAUCACAUGUUAAUCACCUCUGGGAGUUAAAGAGUUAAAGAGUUAAAAAAAAAAGUGUGGCUAAGGGAGGGGGGGGGGGGAAGGGGGCAUUCAUUGAACUGUAUAUCUUCUAGACAUGGGAUGUAGGUGUUAGCUGUUCACCAAUAUCAUUAUAUGUAUGUGACCUCCAUGGGCAGAAAUGGGAAAAGGUGACUGCCUAGGCAUAUGGAACUGACACCUUACACAAAAGGUAGUGAAAAAUGUAGCUAGUGGCUCCUCUAGUAGGUAACAUGAAGAAACUUAAGCUACCAGAGAAAACUUGUCCACAUGUUUCUGCAUGCCUGCCAAUGCACCAAUACAUUGAUGUAACAAAGACUCUGCUAUUUGGAGCUAUAUUUUAAUUCAGUCCCAGUAUGGCAUUUAAUAUGUUUGUUCCCCAAGUAUAAGCAGAACAGAUCCCUUAGUACUUCACCGACUUGGGCACAGCUGUGCUACACAGUGGUGCCUAACCCUUUACACCCCAACAUCAGUAUGCAUAUUCUCCAUACUGUUCUCUAAAUUUCCUAAGGUGCUGACAAGGAGAAUUUGUAUAAAAAUCAAGAGUUUCUUAAGUUGGUGAUUAUUUGCUUUAUUCCUGUGACCUGGAUGUUUGAUUCAGGGGUGAUUUGUUAAGGAGAAAUUAGAUUCUAAUCACUCUCAGGGGUUAAAGGUACAAUGUAGUUUUCUUUGUCUUAGACACAGAAUUUAGUCCCAUGUGGAUACAAACUGGUCCCCUAAACCCCCUGUUUGUGAUAAGUAAUACCAGUGCUUCUUUUUCAUUGCUCUCCACUUGUUCAUAACAUGUAAAUAUAUUUGGGUUCUAUUUCAAAAGGGCACCCUCCUCUCAGUGCAAUUUUCUGCCCUUGUUUCCUGAUAACUGGAUAAUUAACCAAUAUUAUGAAGGGAAGUUAAAGAGACUAAAAGGUUACAUAAAGAUUGAUUUGUUAUUUUGAACUUAUAUUUUACUUGGGGUGACUUGGAGAUGUACUGUCCAAUUGUUUAAUUUUUUAACUGAAUUGAAUUCAACAAAUGCCCCAAAUUAAUUCUUUUUAUGCUGCGCAACAGACAACCUUUAUGCAGCAUGACAGAGACAGGUCAGGAACAGUUGAACCCCACGAGCUGCAUGCUGCACUCACCUCUUUUGGUAACUUCGUUAGCUUUUUAUUAAUAUUUUUGUUGUUGUUUUUGUUGCUGUUGUUGUUGUUUUUGGAUUUUUUUUUUCAAUAUCAUAUCUAGAACUUAUAAUUAGACUGUAUCAGCUGCUUGAAACCAAACCUCUCAAAGGGAAAAUGUCAAAUGUCAAUUAAUCACUGACAUUAGUUUGAUUUAGAAGUGGGGAGUCAUCUAACUCCGCCCUAAUCCACCCCUGCCAGCCUUAUUUCUUGUAACCCUUCGUGUUGAUUUGUCUUGAUAAAAAAUUCCGUUUCCUUCUAAAUUCGUAGGUUAUCGGUUAAGUCCUAAUGCGCUGAACAUCAUCGUCAAGCGGUAUUCAACCAACAAUCGAAUCACCUUUGACGACUUUGUUGCUUGCUGCGUGAGGUUGAGGGCUCUGACAGGUACAGUACUCAGACAAACGAAUUUAUCUGUUUGUUCGCACAAGUUACUAACAAGUUUUAGACUUAAUAUUCUCCUCUGUUUGACCACAGCUGGUGUUCAUGUGUUACAGUGGUUUCAUUUUGAAAGAAACUUUAAAAUAUUUCCCUUAAAAUGAUAAUCAGAUCUUGCUUCCAGUUUUGCGCGAAAGUGUGUCGUAAAAUUUAUGGCUUUUUAUAGACUAGUUAGCCGGCAGAACAGGUAUAUAUAUAUAUAUAUAUUUUGCAUUUUCAGGCAACGGUGGCGGGCGCAACUUCAUUCACGCUCCUCCCCUCGCGCAUGACUUGCGCUUAGCUCUCGCCUCGCGCUUGCCUCCGUUCGCUAGAAAAACGGAAAAUAAUUAACCCUUAUUCUACUGGCUAGAGACUUCUUGUUUUGUGGAAGCCGAAGCAAUGUCUUGCCUCGAAUGCAAUUACCCGUACUAAUUUUUUCCUAGUUUUAUCCUCCAUUUUCUCCAUUGGCCCUUAAAGUUUCUUCGUUAAUCUUGAACGCUCCAAGAAGCCUCCUGGAGGGAGGGGUGGCCUCAUUUGUUAUUUCUACGACCAGCGGGUUGUAGAAAUUACUUAGAAGUGCUUGACUUUUCAAGUUGGAAAUCAGGUGUUACUUUCUUCAUUUUUGUUCUGCAGAUCAAUUUAGAAGGCGCGAUACAGCUCAGAACGGGAUGGCAACUUUUCAAUACGAUGACGUGAGUCGCUCUUUUGUUUUGAAACGCUAA